CUGCUGCCGGUACUGCCCACACGAUUGCAGCUGAAGUACUCACCUCCGAGCCAGAAGGGGUAUGCUUGCUUCUUUUGUGCAGUGGCCAUGGCUAUGAUUGGGCGUGGGGUAAGGUGAGAGCCAGAAGGGGUUUGGGGUAUGAGGUAGAGGAGGGGGCUGUAGUGGUUCAGCAGGGCAAAUGUGGUAUCGAGUGGAGUGCAAGGGGAUGAUACGGAAAGGAGACUGGAAGGUGUUGAAGCAGGAAGAAGCUGACUAUCGUGAGCAAUCACCGGAAGCCAGAUGUGUGGGACAAGGGAUGGAUGAGCCAAGCGAGGUGUGGGCGAGGGGGUGCCGGGGGGCGAGGGAGAGAGAGACGAGGUGUCAGGCGGACAGAAAGGGUGGUUUUCCGAGGGAAGGAGCGAGUCAGUAGGGUAGCACUGCUCCUCCCUGGGCCGCUUCUAUGCAUCCUCCGCGUUCCGUGUGUGGCCGAGAGAGCCGAGGGGGGCAGGUUGAGCCCAAUCAAUCAGGUGCCCCACAUCCUCUGCUCUCCAUCUCUCCCUGCCACUGCCCUGCCUCACCUGACUAGAGGACCCUUCCCAUUCUCGGCGCACCUGACCUCGUUGCUCCUCGGGCCCCCCCAUUCCCCCAGCCAGAUAAGGCAGCCGAGCUUGCCUCGGCUCUCUGCCCUGUCCUUCUCUGCCUUUGCUCUGGCUCCCGGCCCCACACCCCAGCAUGGCCUGAAAUGCGGGGUUUGGGUGGCCCAUGCGAGAGGCGCCCGCUCAUCUCCGCCUUGUCCGCGUAUCUCCCACUGCCGCACUGCCGCUCUCCUGCACACACACCCCACAGCACGGCACGGCGUGGCAUGGCAUGGCACAAGGGCGCGCGCCAGGCUAUGCUAUGCCCCGCCACGCGACGCGGCGCAAGGAAGGAGCCAAGGAAGGUAGGAAUAGAGCUCCAGGUGCUCGUGUACGGACGGACGAAGACGGGUGGUGAUAGACGUCCAGUAGUAGUGGGGGAAGAUCGCAACCCCCAGAAGCAGAUGAAGCAGAUGAAGGGAAGGCCUGAAUACGACGGCGCAACAGACACCAGCAGACGCUCUCCAUCGACUGAGGCUAAUAGGCCAUUGGAACAAGUCAGACCUUCAACACACAACACG